GUUGUUUUUGUUUCCAAAAGCUGUUCGGGCGGUACGCCGUAGAUUCGAAUCACGUGCAUACUAGUUUUGCUAAACCGAUCAAGAACGAACGUUUGGCAACUUCCAUUUGACUUCCAUUCAGUAGUACGAACUACUUGUCCAUAUAGCACCACAGGCUGAGCCCCGUGCUUUGAUCCUCCCGCUCGCUUUCACGUCCCUAUCCUAUACAACCCUUAAUCACUCUUUUCAUGCACUUUUUGCGGCAACUUUCAUGACAUCCACUCAGUCGUCACAAUCUUCCGAAACCCAGCCGAAACCCAUCACCAACGGCAUGGCAGCUGUGAACGCACAAAAGCGAACUUUCUUGGUGCCAGAGCUAGCAUCGUACUUUGUCGCAGGUGGAGCUGCUGGCGCUGCUUCGCGCACAGUCGUUAGUCCCUUAGAAAGGCUCAAAAUCAUCCAACAAGUGCAACCGCAAACGUCAGAUGGCCAGUACAAAGGGGUCUGGCGAAGCCUUGUCAGGAUGUGGAAUGAGGAAGGGUUUAAAGGCUUCAUGAGAGGAAAUGGAAUCAACUGCCUCCGCAUAGUGCCUUACAGUGCUGUGCAGUUCACAACGUACGAACAAUUGAAGAAGUGGUUUACGGCCUACGGGGCAAAGGAACUCGAUACCCCAAAACGGCUGGCGAGCGGUGCCCUUGCAGGGAUCACAUCUGUUUGCGCGACAUAUCCACUCGACCUUGUACGGUCAAGGUUGUCGAUAGCAACAGCUAGUAUACCUUUGCAGACAGAACAAGCGCUGCCGACCUCGUCGGUUAUACCGGAAUCUGGGGCAAAGCGGGCAUUAUCGUCUGCAUAUCACACUUCUUCCAGCGCAUUGAACCGAACACUGUCAAAAAGAUCUGAGCUGACCAUGGUCGGAAUGAUGCUGAAAGUAAUGCGAGAAGAAGGUGGCGUUCCCGGUCUUUACCGGGGCCUGGUUACCACCGCUGUUGGAGUCGCACCAUACGUAGGCAUCAACUUCGCCACUUACGAGGCGUUACGUGGUGUCAUCACCCCUCCCGGGAAAAAUAGCAUUGUGAGGAAGUUAGCUUGCGGAGCGCUAGCUGGAUCCAUAUCACAAACUCUAACAUACCCAUUUGAUGUGCUGAGACGGAAGAUGCAAGUUACUGGAAUGGCCCAUGGCGGAUUGGGAUAUCACUACAAUGGUGCGUUUGAUGCAUUAGGCUCUAUCGUUCGCACGGAAGGGGUCCGAGGAUUAUAUCGUGGACUGUGGCCAAAUCUGCUCAAAGUCGCACCCAGUAUUGCCACGUCAUUCUUCACCUAUGAGCUGGUGAAGGAGAUGUUGGUCACGCCCUGAAAUCUAUCUUUAGGUGCCUGUUAUCGGUUUGAUUCGACACUAGAUCUAGACGCACAUAGAUCACGCAUUAUAUUAUUUUAUAUUCUCUUUCUCGGCAUAGUAUAUGUGAUGUAUGGUAGGCUGUAUACUGAUGUAUAGGAAUUCGGUCACCUUGGACGAUAAACGAUACAUACUUAGGAUGAUUUUAUGUAGAACACUGACCUUUGUACCGCCGGUAAGCAAAGAAAGACAUGUGUGGCGGUG